AUGACAGACUACCAAAGAGAUUUCUCAACAGAACCACCUAUAUAUGAAUACGGAGAUUCGUCAUUCAGAAGGAGCUUCAAUGAAUCAAAAGAGGCUAUAAGAAAACUAAGCUACCAAACGUUAGACUGGUGGUAUGAACAGCCAUUAUAUAAAAAGACUUUAUUUAUUCUCAUAGAUGUGCUAUUCGUUCUAUUAGUUGUGCUAUUCGGUGUUUAUCAUGAAACAUUGAUAGGAUACGUUGUUGAGUAUUCAGAUAAAUGGUCCCAAAAGCCCAUAAGUGCCUUUAUUAUUGGAUUGAUGCUAUUUAUUAUAUCAUUCCCUCCAUUAAUCGGAUUCAGCUUUACAAAUACAGUGGCAGGUGCGUUUUACGGCGUUAGUAUAAAAGGCUGGCUAAUUAUAGCAGUUAGUUCAAUUUCCGGUUCAGUUGCUGCUUUCGUUGUCUUUAGAUAUAUGUUGAAGUCUAAAGCGCAAGCCUUAGUUUCAUCGAACAAAAAACUUUUUGCUUUUUCAACAAUCUUACAAGAAAAUAAUAGUUUUUGGUUAUUGACAUUAAUAAGGCUUUGUCCUUUCCCUUAUUCAUUGACUAAUGGUGCUUUAGCUGCUAUUCCUGGUAUCACAAUCACAAACUUUGCAUUGGGUAGCAUUAUAAGUUCCCCAAAAUUGGUGAUUUAUUUAUUUGUUGGUGCUAAAUUAAAGGACUUUGGUAAGGCGAAAGAUACGUCGACAAAACUUGUUGAUCUAGUCUCAAUUGUUUUCACAUUUAUUUUUCUAGCCAUAACUGGUUGGCUAUUAUUCACCAAAACAAACCAAAGAAUUAAAGAACUGGAAGCUCAAAGAGGUUUACAACCGGAGGGCUCGAAUGACUUGAAUGAGGACUUUGAAAGAUUUUUGGAAAAUGAUGGACAUGCAGAUACAGUGAACUUAGAUGCCGAGUUUGACCUUGAUAACGAUUACAUCAAAGAUACUAAUGCCAACAAAAAAGAUGAUAGAACAAUUGUUUGA